UUAUUCAAUUUGUUCGUUGGGGGCGGGGGGCCUUAUCUUCUCCCCCUGCGCAACAACCCAUUUACCACAACCAACAAUCAUCUACAUACAAAAAAGGCUAAGCACACAGGAGAGAGAAAUUCAACUUCCUCUAUAUUUCUUAAAUCCUCCCCUUUUUGGAACUCCCUCGCUAUCCUCAAUCAUACCUAGAUUCAAUCUCUUCGGAUGAUUAAUUUCCCCACCUGAAAACAAAUUACUCAAACCAGACCAUGAAUCACUGCGUUCCCGAAUUUCAUGAAAUGGAGGACGACGAUUCCAUUCCCACGCCUUCCACUUUCUCUAGACCCAAAAGGACUGCGACAGGUGAGGAGGAGAUCAUGGAGCUGCUAUGGCAGAACGGUCAAGUAGUGGUGCAGAGCCAGAACCAGAAACCGCCCAAGAGGACCGACUCCUGCGGCGGCAGCGGAGAGGUCGUGAUUCCGCCGGAGAGGGAGAUCCGAUCCACCGCCGAGGAGCACCAGCAUUUGUUUAUGCAGGAGGAUGAGAUGGCGUCUUGGCUUCAGUAUCCACUCGAUGAUUCCUUCGAUCGCGAUUUCUACGCCGAUCUCCUCUACUCCGCUCCGCCGCCGCCGCCACUCAUCACCGCCACCGCCAACGCGCAGCCUAGGGCGGCAGCGGAGAUCCGCCCCCCGCCUAUCCAGACGCCGGUUGCCAGACCUGACAAUCCGCCGCGGGUGCACAAUUUCGUGCAUUUCUCGAGGCUCCCGAUCAGGCCGAGGACGGCGCCACGAGAAUCGUCGACGGUGGUGGAGUCAAACGAGACUCCGACGGACGCACGGGAGUCUAGGGUUUCUCACAAGGUGACCGACAGCAGGCCGCCGGUGCACGCGGAUACCUCCACGGUGAGAACUAGAGACACGUCGGGUGCCGCGGGUACUUGUGACCUCACCGUCACCUCGUCGCCCGACGGCUCCCCCGCCAGCUUCAGCGGAGAGACGCAUCAGCCGCAGCAGAAGCCGGCGGCUGCCGCGGAUGAUCGGAAGCGGAAAGUAAGAGAAGCCGACGAUAAUGAAUGUCAGAGUGAGGAUAUCGAGUUUGAAGCUUCCGAAGGUAAAAAACAAGGCCGUGGUUCAUCAUCGACAAAGAGAUCACGUGCUGCAGAAGUUCACAACCUGUCGGAGAGGAGGCGACGGGACAGGAUAAAUGAGAAAAUGAGGGCACUACAAGAGCUCAUCCCACGUUGCAAUAAGUCAGACAAAGCUUCAAUGCUGGAUGAGGCUAUCGAAUACUUGAAAUCACUUCAAUUACAAGUGCAGAUGAUGUCGAUGGGUUGUGGGAUGGUUCCCAUGAUGUACCCGGCGGGCAUGCAGCAGUACAUGCCUGCAAUGGGGUUGGGCAUGGGGAUGGGGAUGGGGAUGGACAUGGGAAUGAGUCGUCCGGUGGUCCAUUAUCCACCUAUGAUGGCCGGCUCAGCCAUGCCGAAUCCUGCAGCUGCGGCAGCUCAAAUGGGUCCUAGAUUUGCCCUGCCACCAUUUCAUAUGCAACCAGUUCCUAUACCUGAUCCUUCAAGAUCACAACCUACUAACCACACAGAUCCCGUGCCAAACUCCACUAUUCCUCAGAAUCACAACCACCCAAGGUUUCCAAGCUUUUCGGAUUCGUAUCAACAGUAUCUUGGUUUCCAUCCCACACAACUACCAAUACCACAGAAUCAAGGUGUGGUGCAGCAUGACGACAACAAACCAAGCACCAGCAAAGACAUCGGCAACCCUCAUAACCAGCAAACUGGUAAAGAAACCAUGCUACUUUUAUGGCAUUUCACAUUUAUAAUUUAUUUUGAAUUUGUGAUGAAGGUGAAGAGAUUUGUGUGAUAAUGCAGGAUGAUUUGGGGUAAGAUCACUGACGGGAGGCUAUAUAUCGUCCCACCCGACUAAAUUUUGUCACUGAGUAGACACGAAUAUAUAUAUUUAUAUAUAUAAUAUAUAUAUAGAUAUCCUCUAGCUAGCUAACAUAAUUUGAUACAAUAUGUAAACACUAAGCAUAAGUGUUUUUUGUUUAUCUCUCUUGGUGUCUUGAAAUGAGUUGUUUAUCUUGGGAAAUGGAGAUCUGAAAUACUACGCGAUUAUUAAAGGUGGAAGAAUAAUAAUAUUCCGAGGCUGCGGAAUAUGGAGAAGUUUUAGCCCCUUU